AUGGAUAGUGAGAAUUAUUCAUCUGAUUUCUUUGAGGCGUGGGAAGCCAUCGUCGCAUGUACUGCUUCGUCUUCCUCAGACGAUAUUUUCAACAUCCUCCAGGCACUGGAAGAUGUUUCUGAUAUUUUUAAUCCAGUGACAGCAUUGGAGAGACCUGAUUUAACCUCAAAAGAUGGAUAUCAAAGAGGAAGGUCCUCAAGAGCUUUUAGAGAAUUUGAGACUGAGAUUGAGGGUUCAUUUCAGUGCAAGAGACAGAAACUGAAUACCAAACAGGAAGGAAUUAUAGAAGUAAAACAAAGGAUUUGUCACGUAUCAGUGGAGAGGGACAGGAGGAAGCAGAUGAAUGAACAUUUGUCCAUCCUGCGUUCUUUGAUGCCUUGCUUUUACGUCAAAAGAGGUGACCAAGCAUCAAUAAUUGGGGGAGUUGUGGAUUACAUUAAUGAAUUGCAGCAAAUUCUACAAUCCCUCGAAGCCAAAAAACAAAGAAAAACUUUGAAUGAAGUUUUAAGUCCUAGAAUUGUUUCAAGCCCAAGGCCUUCACCUCUUAGUCCUCUAAAACCACCCCUUAGUCCCAAAUUAACCAUAUCUAGAAGCCCAAGAACCCCUCAGUCAAACAGCUCUUACAAGCCUUAUAAGCUGCAACUGCAAAGUCACAUGGCUAGCCCAGUUGAACCAUCUCCACCUUCUUCCACUAGUUCCUCCAUUAAUGACUGUUUCAAUGAGCUUGUGGCCAACUCAAAAUCAGCCAUUGCUGAUGUUAAGGUGAAAUUCUCAGGAUCAAAUGUUUUACUCAAGACGGUAUCUCCACGUAUUCCAGGCCAAGCAGUGAAGAUCGUUUCUGCCCUUGAAGGUCUCUCCCUAGAAAUUCUUGAUGUGAACAUCCGCACAUUUGAUGAAAGAAUGGUGAAUUCUUUCACUAUUAAGAUUGGAAUUGAAUGCCGACUAAGUGCAGAAGAACUGGCUCAGCAUAUUCAGCAGACAUUUUGUUAA